CUCCCCAAAUCAUUUCUUAUAUUUCCCGUCUACAACUGCUAUCGUCACUCCACCGCUGUUUCAGUUUUGUAGUAGAAAGAAUAUUUUAUUUGAUCAUUUGCGAAACAACUCCACAAAUGGAUUCUUCGCCUCAGUCUGGUUCACCCUCCGCCGCCCCGCCGCCUCCGCCGGCCGAGCCGGAGUCCAAGCGCGAGAAGGAGAUGGUGCAUAAAACUAAAGUAAUUCAAUUUCUUGGGCGAACUGCGCCUAUCAUUCUCCAGAAUGAUAACGGCCCAUGCCCUCUCCUCGCUAUCUGUAAUGUGCUUUCUCUAAAGAACAAUUUGAAUCUGAGCCCAGAUAUUCCAGAGGUUUCCCAGGAGAAAUUGCUUUCGCUUGUGGCUGAGCGGUUAAUUGACUCAAACACUAACAUCGAUAACAAAGAGGCUGGGUAUGUAGAAAAUCAGCUGCAAAAUAUUGCAGAUGCAAUUGAUUUACUUCCAAGACUUACAACAGGCAUUGAUGUGAAUUUAAAAUUUAGAAGAAUUGACGAUUUCGAGUUCACCCCAGAGUGUGCAAUAUAUGAUUUAUUGGACAUUCCACUAUACCAUGGAUGGAUUGUUGACCCGCAGGAUCAUGAAACUGCUGAUGCUAUUGGUUCUAAAUCAUAUAACACUCUCAUGGGGGAGCUUGUUUCAUUAGAGGCAAAAAGUAUCACAAGUGACGAGAAAAAGAAUUCUGAAGAUGACAGUGUUGAUUUUGUCGCUGCAACGACUGCAGCUCUUGGAAUACCUUCUCCAAGUCUUUCAAGAGGCCAAUCCUUUAAUGAUUCUCCUCAACAAGCAAGAAAAGGGGACAUCGAAGAAGAAGAAGAGCUCUUAAGAGCCUUGAGAUUGUCAGAGAUGGAAAAUUCUAAUCCAAUGGAAGAUGGUGUUGUGUCCCAUGUUCAUAAUGAAAGCGUCUCAAUCAACAAGUGUGAACUGGUCACACAUCCGGAAAUGGUUGAAAAUAAUGUUACUAUUGAACCCGAAAAGACUGUGGCAUUGAUAUCUGAUGAUAGCAAUGCUCUGGGCAAUGUCCAUGUAGAUCCGCCGUUCCCUGAAGUGGUUUCACAGGCAGUUCUUUCUUCAAAAACUGAUGAAAAGCAAUUAUGUGCUCAACCUCCUGAUGAAGAAUCUGGAAACAUUGUUGAUAAUGUGAUUGCUUCAGAUACAGUGAUUCUGAAUGGACCUGUCCAACCUUUUGGACAAGAUCCUCUGCCUGCAUCUAAUGACUCACAACAUAAAUCAAUGAGUGAUAAUCAUGCUCGGGAUGAAGUCACUUCCACCUCAAACCCAGAAGGCGAGAAAAAUUCUCGUAAUGUUUCUGAUGGAAAAGAUUCAUCCAGUUUGUUGAAUGGUGCUGAUUCAGAUUCAUCUAGUGGUCAAAUGCACCGGAAUGAUGAAACUGAAGCAAAUUCUUCCAGUGUUGAUGACAGUGAACCAAUUUAUGAAGGUGAAGAUUGCAUAUUGGACUCAGGUACUGUUGCUUAUGAAAACCGAGAGCCUAUGUAUGAAGGGGAGGUGGUACUUGCAGAACAGGUGGAUACAGGUUUUGUGGUCAAUGGAGACUUGGGUAGCAAGGACAUAAUUUCUGUUAAAGAAGGGGAAAUCAUCAGGAACUUCAUGAAGAACAGUGCUAGUCAGUUGACUGUAUAUGGCCUAUUUUGCUUACAAGACCAAGUCAAGGAACGCGAGCUUUGUGUGUUCUUCAGAAAUAAUCAUUUCAACACUAUGUUUAAGUAUGAAGGUGAACUGUACAUUUUAGCAACCGAUCAAGGUUAUUUAAAUCAGCCAGACUUGGUAUGGGAAAAGCUAAAUGAGGUAAAUGGUGAUACUGUUUAUAUGACGGGCAACUUUAAGCAAUUCAAGAUGGACGACCAUUCCAGCAGCACAUGGGAUGAACAGAAUGCUAGGGCCACUACUGCAGACUACCUGGCUAGUAUUGAUAGUUCCGAACCAAAUACAAGUUUCAAUUCCGAUUUGCAACUGGCGAUAGCUCUCCAACAACAGGAAUUUGAUCAACAGCAACAGGAACAGCAGCGAGAACAGCAGCGGCAGCGUAAUGCACAGCAGCCAGCCAUUAGUGGCAGUUCGGGGCUGGUUGUUGGUCCCCCCCAAGCUCCGCGGAAUAGUGCGAAGUACACAGGCUCCUCUAAGCAGGAAUCGAAAUCGAAGGAGAAGUGCAUUGUAAUGUGACUGUUCUGGGUGUUUCUGGUUUAGUUGCAACCCUUUUCCCUUUACUUCUGUGUUUGUAACACUCAUAACUCGCUAUAGUCUUCCGUUCUUGUAAAUAAAAACCACAUUUUUUUGGGGGGGGUUUUAUGUAAAUCUGAAAGCAAUUGUCAAAUUCUCAUUUUUAGCAUAGACAACAGCUCACUUUGUUGUGGGAUUUUGCUUUCUGCUAUUUCACUGCUCACUAUAUCAUUACUUUCCUCUGAUGUUAUGUGAAUAAAAAUAACGACGCAGUUUGAUGAGUGUA